UGCGCGCGCGCUCACCAUUGUGUGGCUGACUCGGCCGCAGCUGCGGUGUGAGGCGCGUGUUCGGGCUUUCGCCGUCCCCGCACCCGCACCGCAGCCCUGCCCCGCGGCCCGCCGCACCUCAGCUAGCCCCCGGGAACCCACCCGCCACGGCCAUGCCUCGCGUCUACAUAGGACGCCUGAGCUACAAUGUCCGCGAGAAGGACAUCCAGCGCUUUUUCAGCGGCUACGGCCGACUCCUCGAAAUCGACCUCAAAAAUGGGUACGGUUUCGUGGAGUUCGAGGACUCCCGCGACGCCGACGACGCCGUUUACGAGCUGAACAGCAAGGAGCUGUGCGGCGAGCGCGUGAUCGUAGAGCACGCCCGGGGCCCGCGCCGCGACCGCGAUGGCUACAGCUACGGAAGCCGCAGUGGUGGAGGUGGAUACAGCAGUCGGAGAACUUCUGGCAGAGACAAAUAUGGACCACCUGUUCGUACAGAAUUCAGGCUUAUUGUAGAAAAUUUGUCUAGUCGUUGCAGUUGGCAAGACUUAAAGGAUUUCAUGCGGCAAGCAGGAGAGGUGACUUAUGCAGAUGCUCACAAAGAACGCACAAAUGAGGGUGUAAUUGAAUUUAGAUCCUACUCUGACAUGAAGCGUGCUUUGGAUAAACUGGAUGGCACAGAAAUAAAUGGCAGAAAUAUUAGGCUUAUUGAAGAUAAGCCACGAACAAGCCAUAGGCGCUCUUAUUCUGGAAGUAGAUCCAGAUCACGCUCUAGAAGAAGGUCACGGAGUAGGAGUCGCAGGAGCAGCCGCAGUAGAUCUCGAAGUAUCUCAAAAAGUCGCUCCCGAUCUAGGUCGCGGAGCAAAGGUCGAUCUCGAUCCCGCUCAAAAGGCAGGAAAUCCAGAUCAAAGAGCAAAUCUAAGCCCAAGUCUGAUCGGGGUUCCCACUCACAUUCAAGAAGCAGAUCUAAGGAUGAGUAUGGGAAGUCCCGAAGUAGGUCACGUUCUCGGUCCCCCAAAGAAAAUGGAAAAGGAGAUAUAAAGUCAAAAUCCAGAUCCCGGAGCCAGUCUCGAUCCCAUUCACCUCUGCCUGCUCCACCUUCAAAGGCCCGUUCUGUGUCCCCUCCACCAAAAAGAGCAUCCAGGUCCCGUUCUAGAUCUCGUUCAAGGUCCAGAUCAAGUUCCAGAGAUUAACCCUGAACUCUACGUUCUUUGCACACUAUUAACAGAACACUUUCCUACUUGCUUAGACAGUUACUCUUCCGAGUUUGUACUUGGCCUCUUCAAGAGGAUUUCCUGAAAAGGGAACACAGGAAUUUAAUUUGUGGCCAAAUUUAAUGAAAAAAGAUGAGGUUUUAAAGUGGUAAUAUGAAGCCCUGUCCCUUCUUUGUAGAAUUAAGAUAAUUUUGAUUUUAUAGCCUUUGAGCCUAAAAUAACUUUUGUAAAGAUUAAGCUCAUUUAGAUUUUUUUUUUUUUUAAAUAUUGCAGCAGGAUCUGCUGCAGGGUUCUGUUGUUUUGUUUGCUUAUUUUUAAAUUAACUGUUUCAAGCUUUGGAUAUUGCAGGCUUUACAGGGAGAACCCAAAUUUUCAAUUAUGUUGGCUUUUUAUAAAGCUUGAGUUAUGUAAGAUUUAAAUAAAAGUUUGCUACCAAGAUGAUUGCCUUAUUGAAUAGGUCACUGCUUAGGGCCCUGUAAGUGUUGAUACCUGCCAUUUAUGGAGAUAGUGUAAGUUUCAUUGAAGUGUAAAAACAAGGCAAGCCUCAGACCAGCAAUAAAUUAAUCAGUUUGGAUAACCUUA